AUGUCGUCUUUGGCCAAUGGCGAAACUGAGGGGCAUGGCGGGGUUUUCAAGAGUGUUGCUGGUGCAAGUCAGCGCCCGGAAGGGGUGCGAGAUCGACCUCCAAUCGCGAAUGGACCAAAGGCUCCGACAGUCGAUGGGGCACAAGGAACUAAAGGGAAACGAAACAGACGGAGGAAGAACAAGGGCGUGGCGAUGUCACCAGAGCAAGGUCCUCGUGCGACAGAGCCAGGCUCGAGGGGCGUGGCGUCUGUGGGCGCAAGUCAGCCUCGAGAUAAGAUUCAGAACUCCAGGCAGCACGUUGACCAAACGCUCGUCACCGGACCUCCGUUACGAGCUAUUUUGGGAAACAAGAAGCCAUGCUUUGCUUGGCGAGAUGGCAAUUGUCCUCGAGGUGAUCGUUGUCGAUAUAGCCACGACCCAAAGAUACGGGAUGCAGCGAGUGAGCAAAAAGCACUCCGCGAAGCUGAGGAGCGAGAGAAACGUGAGCGACUGCUUACAGAGGAAAGGGAAAGGCGAGAGGCCGAGCAGAGGGAGAGGGAGAGAAUCGAACGGGAGGAGCGAGAGCGCCAAGCAAGGGAGCGUCAGGAGGCCGAGCGUAAAGAGCGUGAGAAGAUUGAGAGGAUUGCUAGGGAAGAACAAGCUCGGCGAGAAAGGGAGAGGCAGGAAGCAAUCGAGAGGAAGAAGAGGGAAGAGGCAGAGGCAAGGGAGCGCAGCCGCAUCGAGCAGGAGAGAAAGAGGCGAGAGAAGGAAGAAAGGGAGGCAAGGGAACGAGAGGCGAGGGAAAGGGAGCAGCGGGAACGCCGAAGGCGAGAAGCUGCAGCGACUAUCCAGCUCGUCGUUGGGGGGUCCAAUCUGGUGACUUUCGGAGCUGGCUUCGAGACGCGAAGUAUCAUUGCUGGAUUCGACCUCUGUGCUGUCGUAGUUCGCAACCUGACAGCGGACACCAAGAAGGACCAAGUUGCCAGGUUAUUCAUGGAGGAGCUGCAACUCGACCCCUUGACGUUCUGCGUCUCCGAGAUGAAGUACGACAAUGGGGGUCAGAAGGCGGUGGUGCUAACGCGCGUUGAAGAUUCAGAGGCGAUAGAGACGGAGGUUUUGCAGGGAAUCGAGUGGCGUGGGCGACUCCUCGAGUUCGAGAUGGGAGCCAAUGCUUUAUGGGGCAAGAUGAACGCUUCCGGGAGCAACCAGGAUCUCAACACGCUCUCCAUCUUUUGGACCGUCCCAUCGACGACAAUGAUCGCCACCUACACGUCCAUGGAAGAGGCUCAGCGCAUGGCACGUAGGCUGGAUGGACGGAUGCUUGGAGGACGGAGGAUAAAGGCGGCCAUGAACGAGAGGCCAAACGGUCCUGCUGCCCGAUACUAUGUCCCGUCCUCUGUCAAAGUGACGAACCUUCCUCCCCACACGGCAACACACGAGCUAUGGGAAAUCGCCGAAACCACCUCGAUUCGGGAAGUCAAGGGACCCGUAUACGAUCUCGACAGCUUCAAAGGGACUCUAGAGGCUGGUUUGAAGCGCCACGAUAUGAUUCGGGGAUCAUUCCAGGUUACAAUUGACGGUACCCGAGUCAUUUCGAAGGUUCGAUUCCCCUCCCAUGAGACUGCCAAACGAGCUUUCGCUGCCAUCGAAGCAGGUCAAUUCCGCUUCGGCCAAAAUCCAAGAUUACGUCCAGUCUUGCCACAAAGCCACGAGUACACCAUCAGCAUUAUCCGAGCCCAGUACGACGCGCAGCGGAAGUUGUGGGAUGAGAUAGCUGAAGGAUCGAGGGGUCGCGACGGUGCAUUUGUGCGCAUCAAUGAAGGGAGGCACGGUCGGAUGUUCAUCAAGGUUUUGGGAUCGAACGAGAAGGAAGUGGGGGCUCUGAAGGUGCGAGUUGAGAGUUUAGUCGCUGGCGAGCGCCUCGGUGCGGAAUAUUGGCACAGCUCGUUCCUCUCGAACCAAGGUGCAUCGUUUUUGAGCCGGGUGAAGACGGACACCGGUGCAUUUGUCUCGGUUGACCGCAAGGUCCAUGCCUUGCGGCUCUUCGGGAUGAACGAAGCGAAAGCUGCUGCCCGAGCCAUUAUUGAGGAAGAGGUGGAGAGGCUGGGGUUCCUCGAGUGGUCCAUCCCACUUCAACGGCAAUCGGUUUCUUUCUUUGUCCGAGUCGGACUGAAGACGUUGCAAGACGCUCUAGGAGAGGACAACGUCUCGCUCGACCUGACUUCGACACCAAACAGGAUCAAGAUUAAGGGAGGAGACGAUGCAAGACACCACUUACAGAAGCUGAUGGAAGAAGCGCUUGCAAGCGUGAGGGAUGGGAAGGUCGUGGUGCAAAGGACGGGUGACGGAGAGACGUGUCCAAUUUGCUACGAUGAAGUCUCAUCCCCAGAUGUCCUCAGCUGUGGCCAUUCCUAUUGCGAAGCCUGCCUUCGCCAUUACUUGAUUUCGGCCGCGGACUCGAAGAAGUUCCCACUCGUCUGUAUGGGGGAGGAAGCUACCUGCGGCAAACCCAUCGCCAUCCCUAUCAUCCAGCGCUACCUCACCCCGCAGAGGUUCAACCGCCUCGUCGACGUCGUCUUCCUCACCUACCUCGAACAAAACCCUCGCUCAUUCAAAUUCUGUACCACCCCAGACUGCACCCAGAUCUACCAGUGCGACAACGGCAAAGCGACGCAUCAAUGUCCUUCGUGCUUCUCCAAGAUCUGUGGCCAGUGCCACGAGGAAUCGCAUGAUGGGAUGAGCUGCGAACAAGCGAGGGUGCACAGGAACCCCGAGGAGCAGGAACGAUUGAACAACGAAUGGGCGGCGAGGAACAACGUCAAGAAAUGUCCCGAGUGUAGCAGGAUGAUUAUGAAGGCGGAGGGGUGCAACCACAUGACGUGCCCCUGCGGUGCCCAUAUCUGUUGGCGAUGUAUGGGCGUCUUUGACCACCAUGAAAUCUACACCCACAUGCACAGUGCGCAUGGAGGUAUCCACGGAGACGAGCCGGCAGCUCCACCUCCGCCUCCCCUUCAGCCUCAGCCGAUCCCGCCACUCCGUCCUUUCGGCGCCCAACCUCAAGCCCCACAGGCGGACGCUGCUCGCCGGGUGCAAGAAGAAGCGGAUAGACGAUAUGCUGAGCGGCUGAGGCAGGCUGAGAUGGAUGCACUCUGGAGGAGGAUCGAGAUGGAUCGACGAUUGAGGGAGCAGGCUGAGCAAGCGCGUCAGAUUCUGCGGAGGAGAAGGGAAGAACAGGCUGAGGAGCUGCGUAGGCGUGCGGAGGCUGCUGUCGCCUUUGAAAGAGCCCAGCAGCGAGCGAGAGAGGAGCAGGCACGUCGUCAGAAGGAGAACGAGGGUGGUUGGUGUACCAUUAUGUGAUUGUUCUUAUUUUCUCCGAGUCUUGCUGUGUAAAUGUAUUUCUUUGUAUUUGUAUUCCGUCUUGAAUUCUGAACAUGUCCUGCACUGU